CUCGCUGAUCCCCCGCGUCCCGUUGUGUGGCCAGCUCUUUUUCGAAAUCCACAGGUCGAACCCUCUCGAGCAGCAUCUAAAGCCCUCUCAAGACAUGUCCAUUGGUCGCCGUUCAAUAUCAAUGGAGGCGACGGAAAUGGCGAGCUCUAGAACAGAGGAGAUAGACGCCCGGGCAGCGGCCCGAACUCCAAGCCCUACGCCCAGCGAGCGACAGGCCAUCACACCUUCUCGUAGUCUCCAAGAUCGGCUGAAGCACCCAUCGCGGACGGAAUUCGGCUUGCUAGCAGGCAUCAUAAUUGCCGCGCCGAUAAUCGCCCUUAUUUCAGUAUACCGCAGUCCGAUCUCGUGUGCGGUCCAGCAUUUGGGGAAAUGGUUCCACGAUCUACGAGGAGGAUGGGCUAUUUUGUUUUGUGCCGCGAUUGUCCUCUCCUGUCCUCCUUUCCUUGGCCAGGAAGUCGUUGGUAUUUUAUGUGGGAUGGCCUUCAAAUCCGGUACGGGUUUCCUGAUCGUAUGCGUGGGUGAAUUUGUGGGCGAGACGAUUGUAUACGCUACUGUCCGAUGGCUGUUAAAGAGGAGUGCAGCUCGGUACGAAGCAAAGAGUCUUGACUUCGCGGCUUUAUGUGCCCUGAUCAGGGAAGCUGGUUUCGGAGCUAUCGUGAUCGCACGUUUGAGUCCAAUACCACCAAAUUACAUGACUGCCGCCAUGGCGUCAUGUAGCACCCCUAUACUGCAGUACCUUCUAGCCUUCUUGCUCUCUCUGCCCAAACAGUUUCCGCCAGUUUAUUUGGGAGCAUCAACGCAAGAUUACUGUAAGAAUCCUAACUCGAACGUUGAUUCAGCAGUAAACGCUGUUCUCGGCGUCGCCUUGGCCAUCGCCAUGCUUCUCAGCCUUAUCUAUACGCGUCGACUAAUGAAUUCAAAACUUCCGGAAGUCGUGUAUGAACGACGCAAGCGACGGUGCAUAUAUACGUGGGACUACGUAAUCAUGGAUAUUACCACUGAGCUGUAA